GCCUCACUGAGGGUCGGAGGCCGCUGGGUGGGGCCGGCGUGCGCGGGCGCCGCCUUCGCUCGCCUUUCUGCGCGCUCUCCUCAGCCGGCCGGGCCUCGCCGCCGCGAUGGACCUGAGCAAGGAGCCGGUGGCCGGCGCCCGCGACGACGAGGUGGAGGAGGAGGCGCUGGCGUACGGCGCCGCGCUGGAGGCGUUCAGCGAGAGCGCCGAGGCCCGCGCGCUGCUCGGCGGGCUGCGGGAGGCGCACGGCGAGCGCGCGGCGCGGGAAGCGGCGGUGGAGCGGUUCCGCGUAAUAAUGAACAAAUACCAGGAGCAGCCUCACCUGUUGGACCCACACCUUGAAUGGAUGAUGAACUUGCUGUUGGACAUGGUGCAAGAUAAGACAUCUCCAGCUGCCCUGGUACACCUGGCUUUUAAAUUUCUUUACAUCAUCACCAAGGUUCGAGGAUAUAAAAUAUUUCUUCGUUUAUUUCCUCAUGAGGUAGCUAAUGUAGAGCCUGUUCUGGACAUGAUCACCCAUCAGGACCCUAAAGACCACGAGACCUGGGAGACGCGCUACAUGCUCUUACUGUGGCUCUCUGUGACCUGCCUGAUCCCCUUUGAUCUCUCACGUCUUGAUGGGAACCUCCUUUCCCAGACGGAGCCAGCGCGAGUACCCAUCAUGGACCGCAUUCUCCACAUUGCAGAGUCCUACUUGGUGGUGAGUGACAAGGCCCGAGAUGCAGCUGCCGUCCUUGUGUCCAAGUUCAUCACGCGCCCUGAUGUCAAGCAGAAGAAGAUGGCCAGUUUUCUGGACUGGAGCCUGCGUACCCUGGCCGGCGCCUCUUUCCACACCAUUGAUGGAGUCAUCGCCGUGGACGGGAUGCUGCAGGCCCUGGCACAAAUAUUUAAACAUGGAAAACGUGAAGACUGUUUACCUUACGCUGCUACUGUGCUUGCCUGCCUGGACAGCUGCAGACUCCCUGAGAGCAACCAGACCCUGCUGCGGAAACUGGGCGUGAAGCUUGUGCAGCGGCUGGGGCUGACCUUCUUGAAACCAAAAGUGGCAGCGUGGAGGUAUCAGCGUGGCUGCCGGUCUUUGGCUGCUAAUCUGCAGCUCCGCACCAAGGGUCAGCAUGAGGAGAAACCACAGGUGGUGACGUCUGACAAUGAUGAAGACUACGAUAUCCCAGAGGGGGUGGAGAGCGUGAUAGAGCAGCUGCUGGGCGGGCUGAAGGACAAAGACACGAUUGUGCGGUGGUCUGCGGCUAAAGGAAUCGGUCGGAUGGCUGGAAGACUUCCCAGAGAGCUGGCAGACGAUGUGGUUGGGUCUGUGCUGGAUUGUUUCAGUUUUCAGGAGACAGACAAGGCGUGGCACGGCGGGUGUCUGGCACUGGCAGAACUGGGCAGGCGAGGCCUCUUGCUCCCAUCGCGACUCACAGAGGGUGAGCGCCGCGUCCCAGCGCUGCCCAGGGUGGACGCGGAUGCGCCAGCCCCAGUCUCCAAGACAGGAGGAGCCGUGAGGGACAGAAGCUCCCUGGUUGUCGACGUGAUCCUGAAGGCGCUGACCUAUGAUGAGAAGCGGGGUGCCUGCAGCGUGGGUGCCAACGUCAGGGACGCUGCCUGCUACGUGUGCUGGGCCUUCGCCCGUGCCUACGAGCCCCAGGAACUGAAGCCCUUUGUGAGCGCCAUUUCCAGCGCCCUGGUCAUCGCCGCAGUGUUUGACCGAAACAUAAACUGCAGAAGAGCUGCCUCCGCUGCCUUCCAGGAGAAUGUGGGGAGACAGGGCACUUUUCCUCACGGAAUUGAUAUUCUGACCACCGCUGACUAUUUUGCAGUUGGUAAAAUAUCUAACUGUUUCCUGGUCAUAAGCGUGUUGAUUGCUGGCUUUGCUGAGUACACCGAGCCCAUGAUAGAGCACCUGGUCGCCAUGAAGGUCAACCACUGGGACGGGGUCAUCAGAGAGCUGUCAGCGAAGGCACUGCACAACCUGGCCCCACGAGCACCCGAGUACUGCGCCACUCACGUUCUCCCCCGGCUGCUGUCCAUGACGCUGAGCCCGGAUCUGCACAGCCGGCAUGGGGCGAUCCUCGCCUGCGCGGAGCUUACCCACGCGUUGCACAAGCUCGCGGUGCAGCAGGGCAGGCCCCUCACGGACUGCCUGGAUGAGAAGGCUGUGCAGGGUCUGAAGCAGAUUCACCAGCAGCUUCACGAGCGUCAGCUGUACAGGGGACUGGGAGGAGAGCUCAUGAGACAAGCAGUGUGCGUUUUAAUAGAAAAGUUAUCACUCUCCAGAAUGCCCUUCAAAGGGGACGCCGUCAUUGGUGGCUGGCGGUGGCUGAUAGAUGACACGUUCAGGAGCCUGUAUCUCAUCUCAAGUCAUUCCAGACAGCAGAUCAAGGAGGCAGCCGUCUCGGCCCUGGCCGCACUCUGCCGCCAGUACUACAUGGAGGAGCCGGGGAAGGCAGAUGCUGCGGUUCAGGAGGAGCUGAUUGGGCAGUAUCUGGCUGAGCUCCGGAGCCCCGAGGAGAUGACACGCUGCGGCUUCUCGCUCGCCCUGGGCGCCCUUCCAGACUUCCUUCUGAGAGGCAAGCUGCAGCAGGUUCUUGCGGGCUUGAGAGCCGUUACCCAGACUUCUCCCGGGAACGUGAGCUUUGCCGAGUCCAGGAGAGACGGCUUGAAGGCGAUCUCCAGCGUUUGCCAGACGGUGGGUGUGAGAGCAGAGGGCGCCCCGGACGAAGCUCUGUGCAGAGAGAACGUGUCCCAGGUGUACUGUGCGCUGCUGGGCUGUAUGAACGACUACACCACGGACAGCAGGGGCGACAUGGGAGCCUGGGUCCGUGAGGCCGCCAUGACCAGCCUGAUGGACCUGACGCUUCUGCUGGCCCAGAGCUGCCCCGAGCUGAUCGAAGCCCACGUCUGUGAGCGGAUCAUGUGCUGCGUGGCCCAGCAGGCGAGCGAGAAGAUCGACCGGUUCCGUGCUCACGCUGCCCGCGUGUUCCUGACGCUCCUGCACUUUGACAGCCCUCCCAUCCCCCACGUGCCUCACCGAGGAGACCUGGAAAGGCUGUUUCCCAGGUCUGACAUGGCCUCUGUGAACUGGAACGCACCCUCCCAGGCCUUCCCUCUCAUCACCCAGCUGCUGGGGCUGCCUGCCUACCGCUACCACGUCCUGCUGGGCCUGGCUGUGUCUGUGGGUGGCCUGACAGCGUCCACGGUCAGGCAGUCUACGCACAGCCUCUUUGAGUACAUGAAGGGGAUCCAGAGUGACCCACAGGCCCUGGGCAGCUUCAGCGAGACCCUGCUGCAGGUCUUUGAGGACCACCUUCUGACUGACAGGGUCACCGUGCCGCUACUGAAGAUGCUUGACCAGAUGCUGGCCAACGGGUGCUUUGAGGUCUUCGCCGUGGAGGAGAACCACCCCUUCUGUGUGCGGCUGCUCGCGCUCUGCAAGAGAGAGACCAGCAAGUCCAGAGACGUCCAGAAGCUCCGCUCAGUCACCGCCGUGUUCUGUGGGAUGGUGCAGUUCCGUGGUGACGUGAGGAAGAAGGUGCUCCUGCAGCUGCUGCUGCUGCUGUGCCACCCGUUCCCUGUGAUCCGCAAGAGCACAGCGAGCCAGGUGUAUGAAAUGGUGCUGACCUACAGCGACGUGGUGGGUGUGGACGUCCUGGAAGAGGUCAUGGCGGUGCUCAGCGACACGGCGUGGGAGGCAGAGCUCCCGGUCGUGAGAGGACAGCGGAAUCGCCUGUGUGACCUCCUCAGCGUGCCCAGACCACAGCUGGUCUCCAAGCCUGGGGCCUGCUGACGCUGGUCCGGGAGCCGAGCCCUCGAGCUGCCUGGUGGAGGACUUCCUGUCCCCAAUGGAGGAGUGGAUGCCGGCAGUCAACAUGGAGCCCUGCGGUGACCAUGCCUCGAGGUUCCCAGCAGAGGGCGCUGUGCUUUGGGGAUCUGGGUGUUGAUGCUUCUGCCUUUACUUACACACAAACAUGCUUCCUAUAAAAUCAUGUACCACACGGUCA